UUUGCAGCUACAUUCUUCCUCGCAUCAAUGCCGACCCUCACUUUGACCAUUGCCACGUUCUGGACCUAUAUAGGGUCUGGCCAAGGCCAUCGUCGAUAUGCUCUCCUCCUCGUUACGGUCGUCUUCCUCGCUCGGUAUUUCCUUUCGCUGACAUUCCAGGUGUACAUACAGUGGACAUAACGCAACAUUCCUCGGCUCCGGAUCUUUUCUUAGCAACACCAACAUGAAGACCUUCACCCUCCUCUCCGCCGCGACGGCCGCGCUCGCCAGCCUCGCGUCCGCCAGCACCCUGCGCAACGCAACGCACUUCGUCGACCAGCACAGCCACCAAAUCGUGCCGCGCUUCGGCUGCGACGUCGACCUGACCAAAGCGAGCGAGCACUUCAAGCACACCAUCGCGCGCAUGCACAGCAACAACCCCGCCGCCGCCAACCACGCCUCCGCCCUGGGCACGCGCGCCCCUCGCUCCAAAAAGCAGGCGCGCAAGUUCCAGUUCCCCCUGCGCGUGCCCACAUACUUCCACAUCAUCUCCACCGCCGCGCACAACGGCAGCAUCACGCCCAAAAUGGUGUCCGCGCAGCUGGGCGAGCUGAACAAAGCGUACAACCCGUACGGCAUCUCCUUCGACUUGAAGGCAACAACGUGGACCGUCAACGACGCCUGGGCCACGACCGACUUGUCGGACGCGCAAAACGCCCUCCGCCAAGGCACCUACGACAACCUCAACAUCUACUUCCACACCGACCUCUCCGGCGGCCUGCUGGGGACCUGCACCCUCCCCGCCCAGUUACCAUCAGACUACACCGCCGCAACGUACAUCGCCGACGGCUGCGACGUGAACGCCAACACGAUGCCGGGCGGGAGCUUCUACGGGUACAAUCUAGGCAAAACGGCCGUGCACGAGACUGGGCAUUGGUUGGGGCUGCUGCACACGUUUGAGGGGUACUCGUGCUCCGGGCCGGGGGAUUAUGUCGCUGACACGCGGGUUGAGGAGGCGAGCACGGAUGGGUGCCCGACGCAUCCGCCCAAGAACUCGUGUCCGGGUGUGGCUGUGGCGGGCGCGGAUCCGAUUCAUAAUUAUAUGGAUUAUUCUACUGAUGCGUGCUAUGAGAGUUUUACUGCCGGGCAGAUUCAGAGGGUGCAGGAGUUGUAUGGGGAGUAUCGGGCGGGGCAUUAGGUGCUGUCUUUUUUUUUGGUGGGUUGAGGAUGGUUGAUUGACGUUUGCAUAUAUCGGCACGACAUAUAAUAACACAACAUAAUGUAAUAAUGUAUUCAUCGAGCAACACAACGAGAGGAAACCGCUUCAACUUCGCUAAGCUCUACCGAUGUAAUC